CGGGGGACUUCCUGUGCCAUAGAUGUACGAGUUUUCGUACCCAGAAUGUACUAAUGUCGAAGAUGAAAUCAAUAAGCAACCAUAAUGAUGGUGGAAUAUGGUUCUUUAUGUACUCGUUAGUACUCGUGGUCGCCUAUGCUGGGCUCAUCACCUACUCUGCCCCCCUCCUCCAAAAAAGAACGAAAGUAACAUACAAGUAUCAAGGACACAAAGGACAGUACAAAUGAUCUUGGUUGUACAAGCAUACUUCUAUG